AUGGAUAGUAAAGUGAAUAUCAAUGAUUUUAAAUGUUCAGAUCAUAAAAGAGUAUUAGAGUUGAUAUGUCACGAGUGUAAUAAGUUGUUGUGUUCAAGAUGCUCUGCCAAUCAUAACAAGGAUGUUGAACACUCUAAUUAUCUUGAACAUAUCGAUGAUAUUAGACUGGAACUAAAUCAAGUAUUAAAAGAAAUUAAUAAUUCCAACAAUAAUGACAAUGGUGAUAAUAAUAAUGAGAUGUCAGCAUGUACCGAUGUACCGACAAAAGAUUCGUUCGAUUCAACAUACAAACCAAAGAAAUAA